GUAAGAUGUAAAUGAAUAUGGAUUGUAAUCAAUUUAAAUUAAUUCAUAGCUUAACAUAUUGAAGCCAUGAUUAAUGCAAACAUGAAAAACAUUCUCAUAGAUAACCCUAAAAAUAAGGAUUCACUUAAUCUAUUAUCAGAUUAACAACAAGAAAUCACCCAAACUAUACUAGUUGAUGACCCUAUCUACAUGAAUAACCAUUACUAUUACCCAAUAAAGUCAGGAAACAUCGUAGUUAAUAGAAGAUAUGGGGAGUUCGAGUUAUUGGCUGAGUAUUUGUUUAAGACAUAACCUGAAAUUCUAUAAAGACCCUUGCCUCAGAAAGAGCUUGGGAUCAACUAUUUAAUAAGCUUUCUUUAAGAAAACACUUAGUUAUUGAAAUUGAGAAGGUAAAAAUUUCAAAUCUAUAUCAAUGAUAUCAAGAAAUAAGUACCUAAUAAUAAAAUUGUUGUGUAAUUCUUAGAAAAUCCAUAAUCGUUUUUUGAAUAAAUUGCUAAUUUUGACUAUUCAUUGAUACAUUAACAACGUUAUUUGGAGAAAAUGAGGAAAUUCUAUGAAACAAAGUGGUUAAAAUGUGAAUCAGGAGAGUUGGAAAAUAUAAAAGAGUAGUUAUAAAUUAAGAUAAUCCAAUUAGAUUAAAUGUAUUUUAUAAUAUAUGAAUAGAGAUAAACUUAUUUAGUAAUUUUGUAUUUGAAUUUGUAAUAUAAAACGAAGAGUUCUUUAGUUUAUUUAUAGUAGAAUGAAGUCUAAGAGCUGAUCAAUAAGAUUAUCAAGAAUUAGGAACUCUAUCAAGAUGAUCGGAGCGUGAGCCAAUUGGAGAGAUUAGCGAAAAAGGUUGCAGAAGUGAUGGAAUUGUAUUUGAAUGUCAGAACCAAUAAGAAUUAAUUCGAUGCUUUUGAGAAACUACUAGAAGAUUGCUUGAAAUUAGUAAUAUUCACACUUAAAGAAUUAUAAAAAUGA